UAAUCGCUUGGUCGUGCCUUGCAGACCGGCUGACGCAUAACGUACGGGUUACAUUUACGUCAUCACGCCCUUCCUCCUUCCUUUCCCCCUUAAUCGGCGAGAAUGAAGACCAUUCUCAGUAACCAGACAGUGGACAUCCCCGACAACGUUGUGGUGUCCCUCAAGGGCCGCACAGUUACUGUGAAGGGACCCCGUGGCGUUCUCCGCCGAGAGUUCAACCACAUUAACCUGGAGCUCAGUCUGUUGGGCAAGAAACACAAGAAGCUGCGAGUGGACAAGUGGUGGGGUAACAGGAAGGAGUUGGCCACAGUCCGCACCAUCUGCAGUCAUGUUCAGAACAUGAUCAAGGGGGUCACCCUGGGCUUCAGAUACAAGAUGCGAUCUGUAUAUGCCCAUUUCCCCAUUAACGUGGUGAUCCAGGAGACCGGCUCUUUGGUGGAGAUCAGAAACUUCUUGGGAGAGAAGUACAUCCGCCGUGUCCGCAUGAGACCAGGUGUGCAAUGUGCAGUGUCUGCUGCUCAAAAAGACGAGCUGGUUCUGGAGGGUAAUGACAUUGAGCUGGUGUCAAACUCAGCGGCCCUCAUCCAGCAGGCAACCACAGUGAAAAAUAAGGAUAUCAGAAAGUUCCUGGAUGGUAUUUACGUCUCUGAGAAGGGCACUGUAGUGGAGCCCGAGUCGUAGAGACCACGAGAGCUGCACUGAUCCAGCAGGCCACCACUGUGAGAAAGAAGGACAUCAGGAAGUUCCUUGAUGGGAUCUAUGUUAGUGAGAAGGGCACAGUGGUGGAACAGCAAGAUGACUAACAUUUUAGUCAUUUCUAUUAGUAAUACCUGUUAAUAAAGACCAACUCACAUUUUUCGACAACAAA